CCCCUGGACAACAUUAUCGGUCUUAGGAAACAACGAGGAUGGGUCUGCGCUGCAUGGUAGAUACCGUACAGCCCAGGUCGCCUUGACUAUGGGAGUCGGCUUGAAAUGAAGCACGCUGAUUGGGCGAUUAACCUUUGUUGGCCGUCGUCGCCGCUACUGUUCCGAAUUACAAGUCCUUGGAUUCGCGAGAUUUUCUCCGAAUCAUCAUGUCGAAACUCCGAGUUUUUUGUGACGUCAAGUUGCUUCUCACGCGUGCGACCACCGUGUCCCUGCUAUUGCUUUUGACCAUUGUUCACACAGCGUUUGCCUCCUCCUCCUCUGCCCGGGACGACCUCUCCUCGCUCCUCCUCGCCUUCAAGUACCCUGACUCGCUGUGCGGCACGGCGUGGCGAGACGAGUACGCUCAACUGCACAGGGUGAUACGACAGGCGAGCAGAGAGGCAGCGGCUAGGCGAGCAGCAGCAGCAGCGCCUGCACCAGCUGCAGCACCAGCACCAUCAGUAGCGCCAGCAGCAGUAGCGGGAAAAGCAGCAGCAGCAGGUGCAGGAGCAGGGGUAGCAGCAGCAGCAGCAGGUGCAGGAGCAGGGGUAGCAGCAGCAGCAGCAGGUGCAGCUCCUGCAAACACCAGCAACAGCAUCACAGCCACCUCCACCCCCCCCCCAGCCAUCCGUUUCUUCACCUUCGAGUGGUUCGUCAAGUGCGGGGGGCUGGGAGACACCCUCCUAGGCCUCGCCUCCUCCUUUGUAGCCGCUGUACUCGAUAGAAGAGCGCUCAUUAUAAACCACAAGUGCAUCCCUAUCGGGUUCGAAUCCGCGGGGUUUAUUGACUGGCUGCCAUCGGAUGAUGUUCCCAUGGAGAUCCUUCGAACAGCAUUGCCGAGCGAGACGGAGAAUGUGACUGAGGAUGGGGUUUUACGAUUCGACCUGUAUAAUAACAUGAUGCCAAUCGAGGGCUUUGCCAAGUUCUCCCUUGCAAAGAAUUUAAGGGUCAAGUGGAACAGAGGCCGACUUAUACACCUCUUCCAAAAGGGGAAGGGCCCGUGGGCUGACGCCUUUCGCCAGAUGGGGUUAAGGCCUCCCUACGCUGUCGGCUGCAUCCUCAGGUUCCUUCUCAGACCUAAGCCGGAGGUUUGGGAGCAGGUUCGGGGGAUACAGCGCGAGGUUCGGGGCGAAGGCAUGGUGACAUUUGGAGUGCACAUACGAAUACCGGACGAGAUGGUCUGGGAGGCAGGGGAGGGGGACCCCAAGCCUCUGAACGCGACAGAAAUGGCGGCGAUAGAAGAGAUUGCUCAGCCCAUGCUGGACUGCGCCCAGGCCAUACAAGACUGGUGGUACCCCAGCUCAGUGCAGGUUCGCUGGCUCGUUGUCUCCAACUCCGCUCACCUCAAGGCAUCCCUCAAAGACAAGUACCCAGAUAAGGUUGUCGUCUCUCCCAUUCUCCCCCGCCAUUCCAACAAGUUCGUUGACGCAGCAGCAGGCCUGCAUUUCUCUGAAAUGCCAAAAUAUUCCAACUUGACCACUUUCAAGGAUGCAUACGAGCACUUCGCAGCCGAAUCCUACCGGCAGCUUGUAGCAGACUGGCUGUUACUCACUAUGAGCCAUGUCUUUAUAAUACCGGAAUCGGGAUUUUCUCGAACUGCUGUUCUGUAUUCAUUUAGCACUAUGAAAGUGUAUGUGCCUAAUGGGACGGCAUGUGAUCCCGAGGCUCCUGAGCACUUGACAUACAUGGCAGGGAGAUGGAGCGGAGUGUAGAUUUAUUGACAAAAAUCCCAAAUGUCUUCGUUUCAAUUAAAACGCGAUCAAAUAC